UCGUAAACAAGUUUCAUAAAACAUUACAGUUCCUCCGUCACAUAAAUAUUUUGUUAAAAUGACAAAUAAAUGACCCUAAUCACAAAGCGCUGAUAACGACACUAAUUAAGUUUCAGUGCGCCUCUGAUCUUCAUUUGAGUUGUGGUACUUGUACAAUUUGGGUCCUGUAAGAAAGAACAGUGCGAGUGUGAAUCCGUCGUAGCGCUAGAAAUCGUUCUCCUUAUCUUCAUCAUGGAAACGAAAUAUUUAUUGUAUUUUCUUCUUCUCGUCCCCGCAAACGCCCAGUUGAUUUCUCCAUGUCCCAAAAUAUUCAAGUAUGAACCUCAAAGUGCGGAAAGCGACAGAUGGUACGGUACUGUUACAUUGAUUAGCGACUCCGAGUUGUCGGGAGUAUGGCUACGUUUGAUUUUCGACAAACCGUCCACACAAGUUGGAAAUUGGUUUGGCGACGUGGCCACUACUGAUAACAUCCAAUAUGUGUUAAAGAAGCCCAACUAUAAACUAGCCGCCAAUACUCCGCUUCGUAUUCGAUUUUUUGUAGUGUACAAUCCAAAUGAGAGUCCCCCACAGCUCACAAUGUUUAGGUUGAAUGCUAAAACCCUCUGCCCUGUGAAUGAAGCGACUACCGAGGCCUUUGUCAUGACGGGGCAACCGCUUACUAGUAGCAUACUUUCGACGACUAGUAUUCCUUUAUCUAACCCAGGAUCUAUAGUGGAAUCUUCCCAUGGUAAUUCUCAAGAUGAGGAUUCACCAUCAAGCAACGGAUCUGAGAUAUUUUCAGGCGACUUCCCUCUACAGUUUCCAAGUCAAAUACGACCAUCAUCCAGACCUCCACCAUCUGUGCAGAUUACCAAAAACGUUGGUUGUGGGACGGUGGCUACCAGACCAACACCAUUGAUAUCUUAUGGUCAAAAUACUAGUCAAGGUCAAUGGCCAUGGCAUGCGGCCAUCUAUCACACACAGGGUGCUCACUUUAUAUACACAUGUGGAGCUACUUUAAUAUCCGAAAAUCACGUGAUAACCGCAGCUCAUUGCGUGACUAAACCUCAAACAACUCGGCCGAUUGAUGUACAAAGACUUACCGUUUAUUUAGGUAAAUAUAGCCUGAAAAAAUUCGGACUCGGAACGCAAGAUAAAGAAAUUUCUAAUAUUUUCGUACACCCUGAAUACAACUAUACGGUUUUUUUCAAUGACAUCGCUGUUGUGAAGCUUAAGGACCCUGCUGAUAUAACUAAUUACGUACGACCUUGCUGUCUAUGGGAAGGCAGUGUUGAGCUCGAAAGUGUUAUUAACAAACUAGGCACUGUAGUUGGUUGGGGCUUUGAUGAAAAACGACAAAUUUCGGACACCUUACUGCAAACACAAAUGCCCAUAGUUUCACCUGUCACUUGCAUAUAUUCAAACCGCGACUUCUUCUCGCAAUUCACAUUUGAAAAAACUUACUGUGCCGGUUACAGAAACGGUACUACUGUUUGUAAUGGUGACUCUGGCGGCGGCAUGGUCUUUCCUAAAUCGACUACAAGUGGUCGGAACACCGUUUGGCAAAUCAGAGGAAUUAUUUCCGUCAGUGUAGCACUACAAGGAGAAGGAGUGUGCGACCCCAGACACUACAUCGUGUUUACGGACGUCGCAAAACACUUAGACUGGAUCAAACAAGUCAUGAGAAGAUAAAAUCAAAUCCGUCCUCAUUUACAAUACUCAAAUUAGUGAUAUUUAUACUAUAUUUUUUUACAAUCAAUGAGAAUAAACAUGUCUACCUUUAA